CUCCUUCUCCAAAGCACACGCUCACCAAACAGAUCCUUCUCCUCCGCGUGCUUUCUCUCUCUCGCCGUCGAUCAUAAGGAGCUUUCGAGGUUUAGGUUUAUCUUUCUCCGUUAGCGAAACGAUUAACUUUCUAGAGAAUUCCGAAGGUUUCUACGAGGAGGAUUUGGUUUGUUUCUCCGUCGUUUCGACUCUACAAUUUGGCGUUACUUUUUUCAAUUUGACGUACGAGUUCAAUCGUAUCGAAUUUGGGUUUGAAGAUAAGGUUUCGCAUUAGGUUCAUAGAGCCCAAUCGCGAGAGGAAUUGAUAAAUUUCGAGGGUUUUUCUGGAGGUUUGAGACUCGAAUCCGUCGUUUGGUGAAAUUAGGGUUUUGUAAGAAUCGUAAUCUGGGUUCUUCGUGUAUGUUGACGAGGUGAGAAUUGCUGUGGGGGUAGGGAGAUGAUUCUGAAACGGACUUUGACAUUCGAGGAGCAGAAUCUGAAGCGGUGCAAAGUUGGCUCGGAGAUUGAGUAUGGGGGCAAAAAGGGUGAGAUUAUAGUGUAUAGGAGGAGGAACAGAGCAAGCGUUGAUCAACCACCAUGUAGAGAAGAAGCUGAGGAUUGUUGUACGAGUAGCGCAGGCUCCUUGACGAGCAAAGAGUAUCGAGACCAGUCCAAGUCCUCGCGGGGCAGAGUUCGAGUGGCUCCCUCGAGGUUUAACGAUUCGGUUGUUGAUGCAUGGGGGAAUCGACGUCACAAGGUCGAAAAGAAGGAGUCUGGACGUGAUGACGAGGUUCGUGUAGUGAAGAAACUCAAAGGUGGCCAGGGCGGUGAGAAGGGAAGCUCGGAGCUGUUUCCACGUAAGGAUAACGGAGACAGCAGCGAGGUCGAUUUUGAUGACUUGGGUGGUGGAAAGGAUGCGAAUUUGAGAGUUUCGAUGUUGUCUUCCUCCGACGACGCUAAUUCUCUCUCUGUGAGAGGUAAAGAUGAGUUUUUUGCCGAAUCUGGGAAGCCUAAAGAUUCCGCCGUGAUGAGGAAGGGUGUGUACAGACCAGAGGACUUUGCUGUCGGCGAUCUUGUCUGGGCCAAGUGCGGGAAAAGAUUCCCGGCAUGGCCGGGUAAAGUGAUCGAUCCGGAUUCACAAGCGCCGGAUUCCGUCUUGAAACAUUGCGUCCCGGGCUCUCUCUGUGUCAUGUUUUUUGGGUACUCGAAGAAUGGAGCUCAGAGAGACUAUGGAUGGAUCCGACGAGGAAUGAUGUUUCCGUUUACGGAAUUUAUGGACAAAUUUCAGGAUCAGACGAACUUUUACAAUAACAAGGCAAGCGACUUUAAGAAGGCCCUUGAGGAAGCAGUUUUAGCAGAGAAUGGGAUUGAGGGUAGUUGUGGAGCUGCUGAAAUCAGCUGCCCAGAGUCCUCUGCCACUCAAUCCGACCAGGAGCAUGGGCCUGCGUAUAGAUCUCAGGGCUCAUGUCUUGUGGACGUAAGGACCUGCGACGGUUGUGGCACAGUAAUGCACGAAUCACAACCUGAAGAGCUUUUAUGCAAGCACUGUGCAAAGUUGUGGAAAUCCAACCAGUAUUGUGGCAUUUGCAAGAGAUCAUGGCACUCUUCAGAUGGUGAAGAUUGGGUAUGUUGCGAUGGGUGUGAUAUAUGGGUACAUGCUGGGUGCGACAACAUUUCGAACAAACGCUUUAAGGAACUGGAGCACAGCAAUUACCAUUGCCCUGAUUGCAGAGCGCAGCAUGAGUGUGCACCGACAGUAUUAAAUGAGCAGUCACCGACAGUAGUAAAUGAACAGAACACAUUGUUCAAUUCAACAGAAAAAGCAACAGAGACUGAGCUGGCGGAUGAAGUUACUGUAGUCUGCAAUGGCAUGGAAGGCACAUAUAUCCGAAAGUUUCAUGUAAUCGAGUGCAAGUGUGGCUCAUGUGGAGCAAGGAAGCAGUCACCAAGUGAAUGGGAACGGCAUACAGGCUGCAGAGCAAAAAAGUGGAAGUACAGCGUAAAAGUGAAAGACACGACGCUAACUCUGGAAAAAUGGAUUGCAGGAUGUACUGCCCUCCCUCUAGAACAAGGUACCGCUGACUGCAGGGUAUUAGAUAAGCAGAUGAUGCUCUCUUUGCUGGAAGAAAAGUAUGAGCCAGUUAAUGCAAAGUGGACGACUGAAAGGUGUGCUGUAUGUAGAUGGGUAGAAGACUGGGAAGAAAAUAAAAUGAUCAUCUGUAACAGAUGUCAAGUUGCUGUGCACCAAGAAUGCUAUGGGGUAAGCAAAGCUCAAGAUCUCACCUCCUGGGUGUGCAGAGCAUGUGAAACACCAGAUAUUGAGAGAGAGUGUUGUCUUUGUCCUGUAAAAGGCGGUGCUUUAAAACCAAGCGACGUUGAGGGUUUGUGGGUUCAUGUAACAUGUGCUUGGUUCCGGCCCGAAGUUGGGUUUUUGAAUCACGAACAUAUGGAGCCUGCUGUUGGACUUUUCAAAAUUCCAGUAAAUUCAUUUCUUAAGUUUUGCAGAAUUUGUAAGCAGACACAUGGUUCCUGCGUGCAAUGCUGCAAGUGUGCCACUCACUUUCACGUAUUGUGUGCAUCACGGGCAGGUUACAGCAUGGAGAUGCACUGCGUGGAGAAGGAUGGUGUGCAGAGAACAAGGAAGUCAAUUUACUGUGCUUUUCACAGGAAGCCAGAUCCAAAUAGUAAUGUAGUUGUGCACACACCCUCAGGAGUUUUUGGAUCUAGAAAUUUGCUUCAGAAUCAAAAUGGGCGCAUCAAAGGUUCAAGACUUGUUUUGACCAAGAAGAUGAAGCUUCCAGGUUCCGAUAUCCAACCCCAAACCGAACAGAGUCAUGGUUCUCUUUCUGCGGCAAGAUGCCGUAUCUAUAGCAGAUCAAACACGAAGAAGGUUGAUCUGGAGGCUAUACCACACAGGCUGAAGGGACCGAGCCAUCAUUCUUUGGGCGCAAUCGAGAAUCUCAACUCUUUUAAGGAAGCAGAUACGUCAGGUUUUACUUCAUUCAAAGAACGGUUAAAGCAUUUGCAGAAAACCGAAAAUCUUCGGGUGUGCUUUGGUAAAUCUGGAAUACAUGGAUGGGGUCUCUUUGCAAGGAGAAGUAUUCAAGAAGGAGAAAUGAUCAUCGAGUACCGUGGGGUGAAAGUUAGGAGAAGUGUUGCAGAUCUGAGAGAGGCAAACUAUCGUGCUCAAGGCAAAGAUUGUUAUCUGUUCAAGAUAAGCGAAGAGAUAGUGAUUGAUGCCACAAACUCUGGAAACAUAGCCCGAUUGAUCAACCAUUCGUGUAUGCCGAAUUGCUAUGCACGUAUUGUGAGUAUAGGCGAUGGAGAAGAGAACAGAAUCGUCCUCAUUGCAAAGACUAAUGUUUCACCAGGCGAAGAGCUUACGUAUGAUUAUCUCUUUGAGGUUGAUGAAUCUGAAGAAAUCAAAGUGCCUUGCCUUUGCAGAGCUCCUAACUGCCGCAAAUUCAUGAACUGAAGUGCGAAAUCAUUCUUGCAACGAUUGUAGCUGCGGCUGCUUCAUGCUGACUUCUUUACAGUUGAUACUUGAUUCAUUGGUUAGGCGCCGUUCAAUUGUAUGUCCGCCGGUUACCUUUCCCGGUCUAGCAAUUUUGUAAAUGUUUAGGAUUUAAACAACCCCAUAGGCCCCACACACAUGAAGACUUUACACAUUUGAUUUUUAAUCUACAGGUCAUCAAAAGUGUUGAUAUCUUUUCAUGUUUUACAUAAAUAUUGUUUCUUAAUUUCUAUAAAUCAAAGUCGAAUUUUUACUA